UUUUAAAAACAAUAUUGGUGCGUAAAUUACAGAAAAAUUGCAACAACAAUAAAAAAGUGGUAUCUAAACAAGUUAAGUUAUUGUGCAGAUUAUGAUACUCACUAAAUUUAAAUUCUAUGGGUGCAAAUAAAGCAAGAAAGCGGCUUGCAAGCAUCCGUUGUAUUUUAAAAACAGUAGAGUCAAUAAAAAAUAACAAUCCAUUGCCAAAAGAAUUAUGCUUUGUUCCACAAUUCAUUGAGUAUGUUAUCCAUCCUGAUCUGUAUAGCUCAGGUAAUAAAGCUCAAGCCUCAGUACAUUUUAAUAUUUGGUCUAGCCCUUUAAAAAGUAAUCGGAUAGUUGGAAGGUUAACAGUUCAUGAAGAGGCUUUUAAAAACUUUUCAAUGAUAGUUUAUGGUGAAGAUUACUCUAAUGAUGCAGGAGAUUGGAUCCAGCUUACUAAGGAGUCAAUUGCAACUUUGAAAGAAGUUAUCUCAGAUUCCUCAGUAAGUGAAGCUUGGAUCAUUAUACAUCCUAGAGAUUCAAAGACAGAUAAUGUACCAAAGUUAAUACCAAAAUUUGAAAUAUCAGAAUCCAAAAAAAGAGUUUCCAAAUCUCUUAUGUUUGGAGCAAAUAAAAAUGAUAAAAAGGAAAACAAAGUAUUAUAUAGAUGGCAGUCAGUAGUUGAAAUGAAUUACAUGUUACAACUUAUUCCGAGAUCUCUGCCACAAAAUGUUGAUAUGGAUGCUGUUAAUCGUCUUUCUAAUCCACCAUCCAAUUGGUCAUUGGAGGCAGAUGAAGAGCUUGUUAAAUUUUUAGUUGAUCAUUCCUCAAGUCAUGAUUUGUACAUUGGUGGGGCUAGCAGAUAUGUAGAGUCAAUCACUGUUUCUUCAGAACAAGACAGUGCUAAUAAUUUGCUUGACAAUGAUCCAGACACAUACUGGGAGUCAGAUGGGAGCUCUGGACGGCAUCACAUUCGAUUGCAGAUCAAAGCGGGUGUUAUUAUACAGAAAUUGAUAAUUGGUGUUGAUGACAGUGAUGAUAACUACAUGCCCAGCAGAGUUCUAGUUUAUUGUCUCACCGAUUCAGUGCAAAGUAAACUAUUAAAUGAAGUCAGAAUUGACGGAUGUCAAAAUGGUGAUGUUGUGAUAUUAGAAAAUGCAGCAGAAUAUUACCCUCAGAUUGAAAUUAGAAUAAAAGAAUGCAAAGAUGAGGGAAUAGAUUGUCGAAUUCAUUAUAUAAAGAUUGUUUCUUCAAAGCAAAGACAAUGUCGAUUGAACAAAGAUUUGUUUGAAAAAGACUUAGUGAGGUAUCCUAAACUUCAAUCAAUUGAUGCUGGGAAUCGAAGUUGCUUGUAUUAUCGUGCACAAGUAUUGAAUCGUUUCAUCAGCUUGUUUGAUAGUGUCAUUCAAUAUCUCUUGCCAUUGUGGGAAUACACUGUUGGUACUUAUAAAUGCUUAGAAGAAAUUCGACAAUUGCUACCACUUUCAAAAAAAAGACAGGGUCUUAUUGAAAAUUGUCUUAGAGAAACAGAAGGAGCUGCACCAUCAACAAUUCCAAAGAUUUAUAUCAAUCGUCAUCUUGCAGCUCAACAGUUAGUUGAUCCAACAUUUGAUCCAGAUGGAAAAAGUUCAAUUUUCAAUCAAUUGUAUGAAGCUUUGAGAGUAGACAGAUGUGAAACAAAAAUGGAUUACAGAUGGCCACCUAAAUAUGAACAGUGGUGGGAAUGCAAGUUUAUUGGAGAGGGUAUCAUUGAUCAAGGUGGAGGUUUUCGUGAUAGCUUAUCUGAUCUAGCAGAAGAACUAUGCCCUUCAUCACCUGAUGCCUUACUUCCUCUACCUUAUUUCGUUCGCAGUCCUAAUCAAUUUGCAACAUCAAAUAUUUAUCGAGAUUGCUACAUUCCUAACUCUAAUUGUCGAAUCUUUGCCCACUAUGAAUGGAUUGGUCAAAUUAUGGGAGCAUGUUUAAGAGGAAAUGAAAAUCUUGUAUUGUCUUUACCACUAUUUAUAUGGAAAAUGCUCAACUGUGAAAAAAUAUCAUGGGAAAGGGAUUACUUUUCUAUUGAUGCUACUGAAGUUAGAUUUCACGAGAGUGUUUCUAAGAUGACCGAAGAAGAGUUUAUAAAAAGUUUCGAAAAUACACUAACCUACUCCAUGGUGUUGGCAAAUGGUGAUGUAGUUCCAGUUAUAGAAGGUGGAGAAAACAUUCAUGUUUCUUAUGAAAAUAGAAUUGAAUUUUUGGAACUUGUUAAAAAAAAGCGUCUUUCUGAGUUUAAUGAACAAGUGAUUGCAAUGAAAAAUGGAUUGGAAAAAGUAGUUCCAAAAGCUGUAUUAGCAUUAAUGACUUGGCAAGAGCUUGAAAAAAGAAUUUGUGGUGAUCCUAUUAUAACAGUUGAAGCCUUAAAAAAAUCAGUUCACUACCAAGAUUUUGAAGACGAAUCAAAUGAUCCAUCUAUUAAAAUAUUUUGGCAAGCUAUUGAAAAUUUCACUAAUGAAGAUCGUAGUCGCUUCCUGAGGUUUGUCACUGGCAGGCGACGCUUACCAACACCUCUUAUUAUUUCAGGAAGCAAAAUGAAUGCUGCUUUAAACUCUCUUCCUGAAUCAGCAACUUGUUCCCAUACACUAUUUUUGCCAAACUAUUCUAGUGUUGCUCAUGCAGAAGAGCGCAUUCGCUACGCUUCAUAUAACUGCAUUGCCAUUGACGCCGACAUGAGUCCGUGGGAGGACUAGCUUCCGAAACAGAUUCGUGUUUUUCUUCCGUUAAUUUUUAUUUAUGUUAUAAAUUUUUAUUUUAAAAACAUGACUAAUGUUCAAAUAAAAUUUAUAUAGAUAA